AUGGCGGAAGUAGACGUAGCCGGCCUAAGCGCCGGAACCACGCAUACCGGCGUGACUGGCGGCGGUAGCGUGCCCACUGCGCGACGAUACUCUCUAGGCAUCGUACAGCCUGGCGGCGCGGGGGGAGAUGCCGGCGGCGCGAAGGUUCUGAGCGCAAAGUCGGAGCUUAAAGACGCGCUGACGGCGUUUCAGCAGACGUUCGUCAUGUGCGACGCGACGAAGCCCGACAACCCUAUCAUGUUCGCCAGCGAGGGGUUUUACCAGAUGACGGGGUACACGGCCCAAGAGACUAUCGGCAAGAACUGUCGUUUCCUGCAAGGCGCGGAGACGGACAAGGCGGAGAUUGCGAAGCUGCGCGCGGCAGUGGCGGCGGGGGAGAGCUGGUGCGGGCGACUGCUCAACUACAAGAAGGACGGGUCGCCCUUCUGGAACCUUCUCACCGUGUCGCCCGUCAAGGACGACAACGGGACGGUCGUUAAGUUUAUCGGCAUGCAAGUGGAGGUGACCAAAUACACGGAGGGCGCUAAGGACAAAGAGACCCGCCCCAAUGCGCUUCCCGUCUCGCUUAUUAAAUACGAUGCCCGCCAAAGGGAGGAAGCGGAGAGCACAGUGUCUGAGCUGGUGGCGGAGGUGGGGAACAAGUCGCUGCAGGCGGAAGGGGGGGAGGCGGAGGGCGGAACGCAGCCCCCCAAGGCGGAGGGGGAGGGGUCGGGGGGAGCUGCGGUGGGGGCGGACGGGAAGGGCAGUGAGAGGCGCAAGUCAGGGCUCAUGUCUCUGCUGUCGUGA